AUGGUUGCCAAAAAUAAAUAUUUUGGAGAAGAAAUUGCAAAAAUUGUUCAAGAAAAGAUUAUCUCAUUUUACACAAAAGAAUAUAAAAUUAAUAAUAGAAUUAAAGACAAUAAUUUCUUUUUGGAAAGAUACAGUAUGUUAUUAAGUGAUUUGCAUUAUAUAGCCCCAGCAUUUUGGGAAUUAAGACUUAAAAUUGAAUUUAAUUGGCCAAUUUAUUUUUAUGAAUUUGCUUGGAAAGAAUCUUCGCUUUUUCCAGAAUGGGUUGAAGUUAGAGAAGCAUUUCAUAUGUUAGACCACAAUUUAAUUUUUGGAAUUGGAAAGUUUGGUGAGGAGGCAAAAGAAGUAGCUAAUUUAUUGAGGGGAAUUAUUGUUAAUUUUGUUAUUAAAGGGUUUGUUUUUAAUUAAAUGGAAGGAAUGGUAUUCGCUGAUAAAAUAGUAGCCUAUCAAAAUUUGAGGAUUAGAGGGAACGAGUAUAUAAGAAUGGGCUUCGAAAGAUUGUACAUUAACUGUCACUGGGAUAAAAUUAGGUAAUCUGUUAGAGAAAGUUUUCUUCCAAAUGUCAAUCCAAACUAGUUUUGUCCCUUUCUUCCCGUCCUCCAAAGCGCAUGCCUCUAAGCGCCUUGGGGAGCAGUCGGCUACCACAAAAUUAUAACCAAAAAUAAA